CUGCGAAUCGAUUCUUCGCAUUUAGAUCCUUCCAUUAUUCCAUCAUUGGGUGUUCUCUGUGCUGGCCUCGUUGGUGACGCGAAACAUCUGGAGGAAGUGGUCCAACUCACUCUUGCCCUAUUUCGCCUUUCUUUGGAGUAUCCUGGAUUACCCUUGGGAAAACGUGGGCGAACUCGUCUCGGUCAAACCAUCUCUGAGGUAGGAGUGAACAAAGAGAACUACUCCGAGUUGAUGCGAUUGUUCCUAUCCACAAGGGAUUCACAAGGGCAGAAGUUUUCUGAUUUCCUGGUCGAACGCAAUUUUGCGGAGUUGUCGGGCGAGGAGAAAGCCUCAAUAUUGGCGUAUUUGUGUAAUGAAUUGCUAUGCUGCCCAAAUAUCGUCAAGGAAAUCGAUCGAAAUUUGGAGGAAGCUCGCGCUCUUCGAGUUGUGCAGCGUCGGAAACUAAAAGCCGAACGAGGAGUGCAUAACAGCGAAUCCGAGGGCCAACCGCACGAUGAUCGACCACCAUCGAGAAAUUCUGAAGCUUCGGACACUAGCCGUCCAACUACUCCCGUUCCAACCGCAAGAGAUCGGCGUUUGACUCCAGGAUUAGGACAAUGUGAAAUUCUUACCGAAGAGGAAGAAAAAAUGUUACCAGAACAGUUGGAAGUACUUAUUGACUCGCUGAACACUGAGGCUGAACAUUUAAAGGAGAAGAUUAAUGAGCUAUCCACAAAAGUUCGAAGUUUUCCGCUGGGAUGUGAUCGCUACCAUAGGCAGUACUGGCAAAUUCCUGGCGCCCCAUCAAUCUUGGUCGAGUCGAUCGAAAGUUCUGGUCCAUCAAAUCCUGCUUGUAACACGGAAGAGACUUGUACUAAAGAUCCACCAGAGCUUAAAGCUCACUGCUUCAUCCACCCGGAUGUGAUGGCCUGUGUCGAAGAUCUUGUAGACGACGUUGUCACCGGUCGAUCUCACACGGAUCGACGUAAGCGAAAAAGAUUCCGUCGCAUGGAUAACCCAUUCAAGAGAGGGUGGUGGUCGGUGGACACUAGGGAGGCUUUGGAAGCUGUACGAAGCAGUCUACAUGGCAGGGGUAUACGUGAACGUAUCCUACAUCGGCUGUUAUGCAAGUCUUGGUUUUUAAAGGACCUGGAAAAAGUGGGCGAGGAGAUUGACCUGCAGAAGUUCAGAGAUUUGAGCCUUAGCGCUGUACAUCGUCGGUUGGAUGAACUUGAGACCCGGAUAACUAAGGCUAAAAUUGCUGCCAGAAUGACUGCUAAUGGACACCUGCGGAAUGAAGAAAAAUCUAUAAUUGAGCUCAAACAGAGAAUACUUUACUGUGAGCGACGAAUUAAUAGGAGCUACUUCAGGCCCAGCUUCUGCGUUGGCGACAAGAAAUAUCUGGCCUACACUCUAAAAGUGGAGAACGAACCAACUAGGAAAGAUUGCCAUCACCCUGACGAGGAAGAUGAAAGAUCAGAAGCGGACAAAGAUGAAGAAGGUGUUGAAGACGGGGAAAGGGAAGAUUCUGAUAGC